GCACUUCUUCUGCGUCUCUGAGAAAGCCUAGUCUCAUUGCAUAAGUCAUGUGACAUCAGCCAACGCGGGGAUAAGGCUCGGCGAUCAGCCUGAUUGUGCCUGAUACCGCGCAACGCAACGCAACCCAAAUCACCUCAUUCUCUUUCUUUUUUGGGAAGAGAAGUUUGGUGCAGCUGUCGUUGUUCCUCAUCGAACCAAAACCUGAGAGUUAUCCCAUACAAUUACGAAAAAAACCAGUCAACGACUCCAACCAUCCGACGGGCUCCACCAAAUACGCAUACUCCAUCAAGCCACUCGGCCUGACGCAAAGAAAUCAAAGAUGUCCGGUGCAGAAGUUCUUUUUGGCAUUGGGCUCCUAUGCAAUGCCAUGCAGAUUGUCACGUUCGGUCGCGAUGCUUUGUCGGUGUAUAAGCAUAUCCAAAACGAGCGGACGCCUGAUCCUAGACUCAGCCAAUACUGCGAAGAUGCAAGAGCUUGUUACGUUGAUAUGACUCAGAAGGUGAAAGGAGGGCCCUGGACUCUGAGUGCAGAUGAACAAGAAUUACUCAAGCUUGCUGAGGCUUGUGUGAAACAAACCAACGAGCUGACAACGAUGGUUACCACUUCCUCGGUACCCGUUGGCAAGCACGGUUUCCGAGCAAAGUUUUCUGCUGUUGGAAAAGGAAUCAAGUCACUUUGGAACCAGAAAGAACUCGAAUCACUCGAGAAAAACCUCCAAGCAUACCAAUCGCUUCUUGAGAAUCGUCUCCUCUCUCGAAUUUGCAGCCAGAAUACCGCGAACCGAAUGCAGACGGCAGAAUCUUUCAAUCAGCUUAACGGUAGGCUGCAGAAUUUUAUUGUCCAGGCUGCAGCCGGGAAUACUACAAUCUUUGACCUCAUAACACAAACCACACAAAAGGUUGAAGAUCAUGUCACUGAGACGAACAACCACACUCAGUCUGUCCUUAAAGUACACAUGACUACUGAAUUGGCGACUGUUGGGAAUGAGAUUCAAUCUCACGUCGCUCUUUCAGCUGCACAGAUCCGGAAUGACAUUGCCAGCAACAUAGAUGCCUCCCAUGGCAUGUCCCAAUACUCACAACUAUUGGGGAGCUUGAAAUUCAGAGAGAUCAAUGAAAGGCGAAAUCAUAUCUCUGGAAACUGGCCAAAAACAUUUGCUUGGAUAUUUGGCGAGGGAAACUAUCCUGCAAGCACCUCUCAAUUCACCUCCGACUCUGAUGUUUCAUACGACUCCGAUGCCUCAUCCAACUCUAUCGAAAGCUCCGAACCUGACGACUCUGAACACGAUAUUUUAUCGACUACAAGCGAUCCGAAAAUCACUAGUUUCAUCCAUUGGCUUGAGUCCGACGAAAAGCUUUAUUGGAUAAGUGGCAAGCCGGCUUCAGGCAAGAGCACCCUCAUGAAGUUUAUCUUGGAGAGUUCACAGACAUCUCAACAUCUGCAAAGCUGGCGACACGAUGUUCAACUCUUGUCUCACUUUUUCUGGAGGCCUGGCACAACCUUACAGCACGAUGUCAAGGGAAUGCUCUUCUCUUUGCUCUACCAGAUACUCGACAACGAGCAAACGUUAGGGACUAUGCUCUUAAACAACAGCCCAAAACUUCUCAACAAAGAGUCUCAUUUUGACUGGUCUACUACAGAACUCAUGCAAGCUAUUUUUUAUUCAUUUGAUACAGCUAGAGGGUCUUACUGUAUCUUCCUGGAUGGGCUCGACGAAGUGUUGGAAGCCAACAAGCUCCUCGACCCGUUGGCAAUAUUAAAUCAGCUGAAGGAGCUAGAAAACGUCAAGAUUUGUGCCUCAAGUCGCGAAGAAUUUGCGCUUUGUGAAUACUUUGUGGGAAUUGACCACUUGAGAAUUCAUCAACUCACUCAAGGGGACAUCAAACGGUUGCUUCAAGAGCGAUUCCCAAACGAUCAGUCAAUAUCUUCAAGAUCGCGACAUACAUUUAUCAGGAGUCUUGCUGAGAGAGCGAAUGGGGUAUUCCUCUGGGCCAUUCUCGCUGUGGAGAGUUUGAGGAGAGGAAUUAAGACGGGGGAUUCACCCGAAGAGCUCCAAAUACGCCUUGAUUUGCUGCCCUCGGAUCUUAAUCGACUUUACGAGGACAUGUGGGCUCGGCUAGGUGAUGACAGAAUUGUCUAUCAAAAGACUGCGUCAUUGUACUUCAACCUGGCGCUCGAAGACCCGGCUUACAAGCAGAAUUUACGGUUCAAGGCCUAA